UGCGUUGCCCCGUUAAACCCUAGCAUUUGGUAGCUCUCCUUUCAUCGUCGAAAAGCCCUAGCCUUCCAGUCUCAAUUGCUUCGGCGAAAAUGGCAGAAGCUGUGAACCCAAAAGCCUACCCACUAGCAGAUGCUCAGUUAACAAUAACGAUCCUGGAUCUUGUUCAACAAGCCGCCAACUACAAGCAACUCAAGAAGGGCGCUAACGAAGCUACCAAGACCCUAAACAGGGGUAUAUCUGAGUUUAUUGUGAUGGCUGCGGAUGCUGAGCCUCUAGAGAUUCUCCUGCAUCUUCCCCUGCUUGCAGAGGACAAGAAUGUGCCCUAUGUAUUUGUCCCUUCUAAACAAGCACUUGGUCGGGCAUGUGGAGUCACAAGACCAGUCAUUGCUGCUUCUGUGACAUCAAAUGAGGGAAGCCAGUUGAAGAGCCAAAUACAACAACUCAAGGAUGCUAUUGAAAAGCUCUUGAUCUAAAAUGUUAUGGAACUUGUACUCGGUGUGAUGGGCCUCUGGGAUUGUGGUGUUGCUCCCUUUAGAGGCUUUGACUGGUGAAGUUGUUGUGCCCUGCUAAAGGAAGAAGGAUUUCAAUAUUUGACCUUUAUUAGAAUUUUAUAUUUUAUCUAAUUUGCAAUAUGAGAAAGGAAUACUGGUGAAAGUAAAAUGAUCCAACAAACUUUCUUGUAACGAAUUUAAUAUGUCUUCUUUCUCCUCUGGGUUUUGUAUGAUCAUGAGAAAUUUUAUUACUUGAGUUCUAGUUU